CCCAUUUCCGGCAGCCGAAACAACUAAACCACUCAGCAGUGUCAGUAGGUCCUGCAUCCACGAAUUUCCCAUUAAGGGCUGCUAAUAACUCCGUUCCUAUGGCUAUUUAAGUCUUUAAACCCACAUCUCGACAUUUAUCCUUUUCCCCUUCCACUUCAAUAAUUUUGCCAUUUACUGUUUGAACAGGUAAAAAUUAAACGAGAGAUAGACGAAGGGACACUGGAGAGAGUAGUGGUUGGGGGGUGGGAUGCGUGGCUUGGGAGGGGGAGGGUAGAGAAGAAUGAAAAGAGAGAAAAAAUGGAAGUUUACAAAAAUCCCUAGAGACGAUGAUAGUGGUCAGUGGAUAUGAAACGAUACAAUUAUUAUUAUAGAUAAAAGAGGAACCUAAAAGAUUUCCAAUUGGGCAAAGUAAUGGGGCGUAAGAAAGUAGAAAUCAAACGAAUCGAAGACAAGAGCAGCAGGCAAGUGACGUUCUCUAAACGGAGGAAAGGACUCCUAAAGAAAGCCAAGGAACUCUCUAUUCUUUGCGAUGCCGAUGUCGCCGUUGUGGUAUUCUCCAACCGUGACAGAAUCUAUGACUUCUCCAGCACUAACAGUCUCACAGAGAUCGUUCAUCGAUACCACAGCCAUGUGGAAGCAGAAAAAGAGAGCUCUGCAGAAGUUUUGGACACCGAGCACUCUAAAUAUGCAAGCUUCAUGACAGUGGGACAACUGUUACAAACGGUAGGAAGGCAACUCGAGGAACCUGCUGUUGAUGAUCUCAGUGUAACUGACCUUGUCCAUUUGGAAAACCAACUGCCAACUGCUCUAAUGCAAGUCAGAUCUAGCAAGACGCAUUUGAUGAUUGAAUCUAUCAAAAGUCUUCGUGAGAAGGAAAAACUGCUGAGUGAAGAAAACAAACAUCUGGAGAACAAGAUAGCUACGACCAAGAACAAGAGAGAAGUGAAGAAUGAGAUGGCUUUAGAUUUCACUAACCUUGCACCAGCCAGCAUGAAUUGUCAACAGCAAAAAACGACCCUGAAUUUCCUCUAGUUAUAAUUCAGGAAAGGUUUCCUGUACUUGCCAAGGUUAUCUGGUUUAUCUUUACUUUGUUAAUUCCCAUUUCUGCAAAUAAGGAGUGUCCAAAAUUAAUAAAAUGAGAUUUGAAAUGUGUACGGACAAAAAUGUAUUGUCAUUACUUUCUGUAGAGUGGAUUUACCUUUGUUCA